AUGGCCGAGCUCCUACAGAAGCUAGCGCAGCCGACACCAGCACCUAGCAACCCGGAGCAAACAAUCGAAGCCUUAGCAACGAACACCUUCGAGAAGUGGUUCAGCCGUUACGAAGAUAUUUUCGAUUCCGACGUCAGGAACUUGGAAGACGCCGCCAAGGUCCGACUGCUGCUGCGAAAGUUGGAUACACCGGCAUAUACUCGUCAGCUCGAGCUGAUCAAAGAGUGUGACACGCCGAAGGAAAUUUGGGAAACGUUGAAAAACGUUUUCGAGCGAAAAGGUGUUGCCGGUCAGCUAUACGUCAGGAAACAGCUUCUCACAAUGCGUUAUGUGGAGGGAGCUGCCCGAAUAAAAAAUAUGAUACAAAAACUAUUUAACGUAAUGUGA